AUGACAUAUAGGCAACCAUACCUCCCUGCUCACUACAGACAACUAUGUCGACGAGUCUAUAAACUUCCUCUCUCGAGGGCAAUGAUAUCUCGCCUUAUGGACUUGUCCAAGCAUAAAUUCACAACCAUUAAUCCAUAUAGUCCCAGAUUUAGUUCUACAAAGUUUCACAAUUAUAUGACUCUACUUGACGACAUUCUCGUCGAGGAAAAGUAUAGUCGUGUUCACGAUCUCUUAGAUCUUAUUUACAAAUUGCCAGCUUCGUCUCAGAGCUGGAAGGAUAAAUUUCUCACUAUUGAUUACAAAGAACUUGAAAAUCACUGGCCCCAAGUCCAUGCUAUAGAUGAAAUAACCAGUGACCCCAAAUAUUUAGAAGCAUACAGGGAGAAACAAAGAGCGGAAAAGAAUGAAGAAGUUUCAGUUGUCAAGCAUUUUGGCUUGAAGUCCAAAAGAGACAAUCAGUCACCAGCUUUGACUAUGAUUCGAAAAUACUCUGAUGUAGAUCAAGACGAUUCAAUUCCACAAGUGUUGAAAAACGUUCAAGAGCUACACAAGUUUCUUUUCAAAAACCAAGCCGUAUUUGAUGUCAAAAUUCCACCCUUGGAAGUAUUUUAUCCUACGAAUAAGGUCGCUCUUCCCAUUCAUCCUCGUGAACGGAACAAGUUAUUGAAAAAGAAAGUAGCUUCCAUCAGAAAUGUUUUCAAGUCACUACGUCCAAUUGCUGAAGAUGACCUUCGCCAGCUCUACGAGUUUGCUAUCCACAGACCUUCUGUAUCCCAUAAACCCGAGUAUAACAUUAACGACAAAUUCUAUAAAUACAUGAUAAAAAAGCAUAAUCACGAAAAGGACAAUCUAGCACCAGUUAUACGUCAUUAUUUACGACAGAAGAAACUAAUCCCUAACGACCACAACAUUAGAAAACUUUUUCGCGAAUAUGUGAUGAAGCAGUUCUAUCAAACAAGCAACAGCAAGAACGAGAAUAUUGAAGAAUAUAGAAUGAGCUGGAUGCAAAAUUAUUUCGAAAACGAAACUUCGAUAUUGGAAUCUGCCAUUCCUUCUACUCAGCUCCCCAAACCAAGCACCACGUAA